AUAGUCAUUGAAAUUGCAAACAUGGCGUCGACUGAGAAAAUUAUUAAGUCUCGAAAACGAAAAUUACUGUUGGAUACUGACAUUUAUGAAUUAGAUCCUGAGGAUCGAUCUCCAGUUACAUCACCACCACCUGUUAUCACAAUUCCACCUUCCGACGAGGAUCUCGAUGAGUCUAACGUAAGCCAGGAAUCUGAAACAUUCGAUAACCUCUCCGGACCUGUCAACUUCGACAAAACAGUUGGUCCUGGCGUUGCCCCCGAAGGUUUCAUACUCAUCGACGAAGAUGUUGGCGUUGAUGAUACCGAUAAUUCACAGAACCAAAUGUACGAUGCAUCGUCCGAGCCAUUGAGCCCAAUUUUCAAGGUUAUGUUUAGAGACGUUGAUACUGCCAGAAAGCACAGGCAGGCCAUUGAAGCAUUUUUAUUAAGUUUGCUUUCUGCGAGUACAACAUCUAAAGGAAAGUAUGAUCCCUAUGGCUUGGUACUUGAGAUUUGGGAUCAACAUCUGGUACCGAAAGAACAAGAAGCCACCAGUUCAACAGUGCCUGAUAAUAACCGAGAAGCAGCAGAGGAUCAACUUUUUGUGAUUGAUACCAAGCCUAAAUUAAAAGAUGAUUUAGACAUUCCUACCUACGGAAAGAAAUUCGAAAGAGUAUUAGAAAAACAAACCGAGAAGAUUGUGGCAAACCUACCUGAAGAUCGCGCUCCAAAGUUGUCAUGUUUCAACUGCUUAGGCAAUCAUAAUUUACGUGAUUGUACCAAGCCGCGCAAUUAUGCCAAUAUAAACAGGAAUCGGAAGGAGUUUACUGCAAACAUGAAGCCUAGAAAUGGAAGAUAUCACUUAGAGGAUGAACAAAAAUUUGGACAUUUUGUGCCAGGGCAUCUGAGUAAAAACCUUCGAAAAGCUUUGGGGCUUAGAGACAAUGAACUACCUAGACAUAUUUACAGCAUGAGAUUACUUGGCUACCCUCCAGGGUGGAUGGAGGAAGCUCGGGUUCAACACUCUGGAUUGACGCUGUUUAAUUCAGAAGGGAAUGCAGAUCUUGAUCCCACUGACGAAGAAGGAGAAAUUAUUGUCGCUGGAGAAAAAGAUGAAUUUGACAUCAAGAAAAUAUAUGACUUUCCAGGAUUUAAUGUUAUUCCUCCUCACGGUACACGGGAUGAAUACAAGUAUUAUAGAACACCACGAAUGCAAGAAAUGCAUAGCAAGGAGGUCAUGCUUUCAAGACUGAGUGGUAGAAAAGUGCAGGAGGGUUAUCAGAGAAAGAAAAUGAAAGUAAACAGAUCUGGAACUGUGGAAAACACAUCUACUUCUCCUACUGAAAUGGAGGUUGCGGAUAUAGAAGAUGCCGUGGUUGAAACUUUGGCAGUGAAAGAAUUAUUCAUCCCGCCAUUACCUACAGACACACCUCCCAAGCCCGCUGAACCACCUGCAGCACCAGAAAACUCUGAUAGUCAGUCGCAAAAGCCACCAUCUCCUAAGUCCACGAAACAAAAUACGGUGCAGUCUUCGCGAGCAGAUUCGCCAUCGCUAUCUGAUUUAGAGAUAGCGAAAAAACAACUCCUAGCUGAGUUGGAUGAACCCGAGAUAUCAUCGGAUCGAGGAAAAUCUCUGAAUGCUGGAGAAUCGAGUACUAUUUCAAAUCAUUCUGAUAGUACCGGAAUGCCGCCUCCGUGUAGUACAGAAAGUACACCCCAGUCGACUCGAAUACAGAACAGGGAAAAUAACUCUUAUUCAAGUAAUACGGGUAUAGUGAAAUCCAUAGAUCUGGGUACCCCUGUUCUACAGAGUACAUCACCGUACAACAGGCUACCGUCGUCGGAAAAAUUUUCAAAAGACAUUUGUGACGUAUUAAAUUUUGAAAAUCUGCCUGAUUCAACAGGUAAGUAUGAAAAAAUGAGCGAGAUUAUUCAAAAAGUACGUGGUACGGUGUCAAGGUUGCAACAGGAAUGAUUGUUAGAAUAUUAAGGAAAUGUUCAGUCUGUGCAUUACAUUUCUCUGUCUGGAAGUUCACGUUUAGAAGUCUAAAAUAAAUAAUUGAAAUUAUAUAAUAAUUUCUUAAAGUACAUAAGAAUUAUUCUUAUACGAUUCAAACGAAAUGACAAUAGCUUAUGAAUAUUAUAAUUUUAAAGUAUGUAAAAUAUCCUUUAAUUGUGUACAUGAGGUUUUACUACUUAUAAAUAGCGAUGCAAAAUUAUUACAUAUGAAUGGCAACUGAAAAUGUCAGAAAAAUUCUUGUUACCUUAUAACAUUAGGUAAGUCUGACGAUAAUUUCGGAGAAUGAAUAAUUUAUCCGAUUUGUCAGUAAAUUGGGUACAUGGAAUGGUCAAUGGAUUGUGGUAUACAUAAUGCAAACGAUAUUGAAAGUGACAAAGUUCGUAAGAACAUAUAGAUCCCAUUACGUCCUUGAAUUUUAAAUAUAUAGUGUGAACAAAAAAUUCAUAAAAGUUAGGUCUGGAGUAGUAUUUAGCAAUACCAGAAAAAUAUUGCUCAACUAAUUCUGUUAGUACAAUAAGAUUUUGAACGCGUAACAUUUUGAAGAAACUUGCAAGGAGUCCCUGGAUUGAUCAAGAAAUGACUCAACAAAAUUUUCAAUCUAUAAGUUGUAAUAGAUUUUAUACACGUGUGUAUUGUUACUGUACAGAAUAUCUUUCAUAGAUAAAUUACAAUUACUCGUAUUUUCCAAUUGAAAAAUAAAACAGAAUUUAUUAA